AUGGACAGCCCCCAAGACAGCGCUCCAGGGCGAAUCUUUGGUGAGAGGCUGGUAGAGAAGUUUCCGCCCAUCCCAGAGUCAUCGCCGCUGCCGGGCCCGCUUAGCGGCGAAACAGAGUCUACUGUUCGCAGUCCAACCUCCGAUCCAGCGCUUGCGCGUACAGCCGGUCAGACAGCGGAAGAGAUCGCAUACUCCCAACGCUUCGCUUUACGAUCUCUACCCGCCUGGAUUCGGUCGGUUGAUGAAACCGAGGAGGACGGAAAUGAAGCUGCGGCAACUGAUCGUUUACUCCCUUCCCAACCAAAUGGCGCAUGUGUCGCUCAGCACAACCACUCGCCCUACUCACCGUCGAAGUCGCAACCUAAUCAUGCGACCACUAACAGCCUAUUGGAAAAUGACUCCCUCUCCGUCAACCGUGAAUCGCGCUGGGUGACAUUCUCACGAACCAUCCAAUACCCCCGAGAGCCUGGUAGAGAAGAACAGCAGGUCACAUCAGAAUGGUUGAAUGAGAAUCACGGCGAUUAUUCGCAACCAUGGCGAGGAAAGCUCUUAGAGGGCGAUAGUCCGGAGUAUCCGCUACACAGCGGAGGCCGAAGGGACGUGUGGAUCAAUCGGUUCAAGAAAACGCUUCUGCGAAGCCCGAUCGUACCGCUAAUUCUUCGAAUGACUGUUUGGUGCUUCUCUCUCUCUGCACUGGCUCUGGGCGGAUCGAUUCAGCACAUGUCUGAUGAAGGACAUCAUCCUCAAGGUCCAUCUGCAUUGAUGGCAAUCAUCGUUGAUGCGGUCGCCCUGGUUUACCUCCUGUACAUCACCUUCGAUGAAUACACAUCAAAGCCAUUGGGUUUGCGCUCUCCCUCCGCUAAAGUUCGUCUCCUCCUUCUGGAUAUCUUCUUCAUUGUCUUCGAUUCCGCCAAUCUUAGCUUGGCAUUCGCUUCACUCUCCGAGGUGACAGGAUCCUGCACCGAAGCAGAGGUCAACCAAACGAUCGAUCCUCGGAACGAUGGUAUAUGUACGCGACAAAAGGCGCUUGCUUCCGUACUGCUAGUUGCACUCUUGGCUUGGCUCAUGACCUUCUCCAUUAGUGUUCUCAGGCUUGUCGAAAGAGUAACACAGUGA